AUGGUAGAAACUCCCGAAAAAGAAACGAAACCAUCACUUGAAGCCUUGGAUCUCGAUGACCUCGCAGCUGCCACGGUGGCCGAUCGAGGAGAGGUCUGGCUUCUACAAUGGCUGCACAAACUUCAAAACGAUCUUGACGCAUCAGAUGAGGAUGCACUCAGAGCUUCUCAAACUCAAAUCGAAUCCGAUCUAGUUCGGUUGCUCACUUUUAUUGCCCCUACAUCUCGACCCGCUCCACCACCUGGAAGGCCUAUAAGGAAUAUUAUUGCAAGGAUAUUGGUGAAAUUAUUUGAUCGAGCAGAGCAAAGAACACUUUUCGACGUAGUAGGAAAUCUGUUGAGGGUAGCUGGCACAGAACCCUCAAAAGUGACCCUCGAAAAUAGAUCGUACCGGGAGAUCAUGAAGGUUCACGGUUCACAAGUGAUGUCUCAGUUUGCUGAAAGUGUAUUGACAUCACUAAAGGUUAUCAAAGCAAGCUCUUCCCCACCCAUACUAAGAUAUCAAGCUCUUCACUGCUUGAACUCAGCACUCAUCAUCGGCUCGAAAACUCUCACUUCCUCAGAUAAUCUUGCAAAGGACGUCCUCAAGACACUUCGAGCUACCCUUGCAGACAAAACGUACUCGAUCAUCAGAGGGACGGUCGAAUGUCUUCUAACUUUAUCAGAUAGAUCCUCUGACCUUUUGAGUUCAAUGAGCGAUAUUGAAAGUUAUCUUACGAUUUGUGUCAAGGGCCUGGAUACUGUAGACUUUGUCACUCGCCGAUCACUCUCGAGACUGAUCGCCAACCUAUUGGCCUCCACUCAGAUCGCUGGUUCAGCUGCAAAUGCUACCAAUCAAAUGAGCGCUUCCGCCAAGUCUAAGAAAAAGAAGGAUGGAUCGGAGAUGAAAGAGGAUGACCCUUAUCCGAAUUCGAUGACUGCGGAAGAGAAAGGCAAGACAUUACUCAAACCUGAAGAAAUGCUAGCUCUCCUUAGUACGCCGUACUCCAAACCUUCUACCACUCGACGGACUAGACUGGGACUCAUCGAUGCAUACGGGGCCUUAUUGACGCUCCUUGGAUCUACCUGGGUCGAACAGCAAUACCCCGAGAUAUUACAGCAUAUCAUCAAUGACAUUGGAUGUUGGAGGCCCCCACAAUCAUCUAGCCUCACUCCAGCUGUCCUUCGACACGAAACUCUGAUCUCUAGAAAGAUGGCGAGCGUACUCCUGCGUGAUAUCAUUUCUGUUCGUCUACUCUCUGAGCAGGGUCAAGUCGUGGCGAUUAGAGAGAUUUCCUCUUCUAUACUAAACAAAUGGCCAGCGUUGAUGCCCACCCAACAACCUCCCAGUAAAUAUUCUCUGGUGAUCGCUUUAAACGAAGUCGCAAAUUUGUUGAAACAAGUCGGCAGCGCAACGCUCCCUAUUCAAGAGGUUUUAUACAAUCCUUUAAUACGAUUACUUGGUCAUCCAUCAUACUCGGUUCAGGUCGCAGCGGCCUUGUGUCUGAGGACUUACUGCUAUGUCGCGCCCAUCAAGCUUACCAACACGAUCACUCACACCUUAGAGUUACUCAACAAAGAUCUGGCGCAACUUUCGAAUCCUGCUGCACCACCAGAUACCAACAAAAGGGCGAUUGGCCAUGCACAUGGACUAGCUGGAUUAAUGAGCGUGAUAUCUUUGAGGCCCUUAUAUGUUUCGUUUGAUGUUUCUUCCAAAGUGAUGUCUGUCGCCAUUCAGCUACUGAAACAAUGUGGAAGUCACUCCUUGAAAAUUUCAGCCUUCGAAAUCCAGGUGUCCUGGAUCUUAGUCAGCGCGCUAACAUCAUUAGGCCCCAACUUUGUCAAAUUACACCUCUCGCAAUUGUUAAUCCUUUGGAAGAAUGCUUUACCCAAACCGAUGGCAAAAGAUGCUACCAACAAUCAGUUUCGAAGUGACGCAGAUUGGGGGUUCCUGCUUCAUAUUCGAGAAUGUACUCUUGGUGCAAUUCUAAAUUUCUUGAAACAUGAUGGCGACAAGCUUGUCACACUCGACGUUGCUCGAAGGAUUGUAGUGAUGUUGAAUAACGCAUUAGCUUUCUUGGGUGACUUUGAGAAGAAGUAUCUACAACCUGAACACGAACAAGCUCCUUUUGCGAGUUCAAAGAUGAACUUGAUUGACCGAGAUUUCCUGAUGCGUAGAAGAGUGUUUCAAUGUUUUAAUGCGCUUAGUAAGAUUUCGAUGACGUCAGCUGAGGCCCAUCAGAUCAGCUUGUUGGACAUGACCUUGUCUCUUAUGGCGGAUCCUGAGAAGUACACCGGCUCAUCUGUUCAAGCAGCGAUCAGUGCUAGUACCGGAAGUUUUACUAGUGUAUGGGAUUCUAAUGACGGCUUCGGUUUCGGAGUCACUGGCCUUUUGAAAGAAAAUGAAAGCAUCGGCGAAAGUAGCGAGACCUCCGCAUCGGCUGGUGGAGAUAGAGGCUUGGUCAGUGAUUGGCUAAAUCGCGACUUGACCGAUGUAGCCAUCGAGUCAGUUUUGCAUCAAUCUUCGAUCGAAAGCAAUGAACACGAUUUUCUGGUCCUUUGCACUCCGAAAACACUCGAUGGACCGAUCGGUAUCAUGGGUCAUGAGACGAUGCUACCUGCGCCACCUAUAGCCACCUCUAUGAUUGAUUCUGCCAUAGAACUAUUUGCUCUUUACUUGCCGCUCGUCAACACGAAGCAACAAAUGGCGAUCCUAGAAAAACUUUACAAUCACGUCACUUCCAUGAAACUCGAGAAAAAUCCUGGUCGAAAGAUGGCAAUCUUGGCCAAUUCUAUCACUGCAUUUUUAUUGUCAACCCGGACAUGCAUGUCUUCCGGUUACACGGGCAAAUCAAAAGCUAUCGAUCCUUCAGUCGCAUCUCUCAUGAAAGAUGUUCUCAAAGAAGGUCUCGUUCAUGUGGACUCACGGACCCGAGCGGCUUCCGCAGAAGCGUUUGGAAGAGUAUGUGCACUAGCCGGGAAUACUUUCAUGGUGAAUCAAAUUCAACACUGCGUCACGCAAAUCGUCAAUAACACCGACCCGCAUUCACGAUCAGGCUAUGCGCUGUGUUUCAGUCAAAUUUAUACCCAAGUCGGGUCUCUAUCGGCUGGCGUGGUCCUCAAGACCGUUGUGGAUAUUCUGAUGUCGCUUAGUGCAGAUCCGCACCCUUUGGUACACUUCUGGGCACUGAAAGCGUUAUCAGAAGUCAUCCAUACCGCAGGCUUAUCAUACUCACCAUUCUUGAACUCGACCCUUGGCGUGGUCGUGAAGCUGUACUGUACCGACAGUCACGAGCUUGAAUCUGGUUCGACUGGAUACGUCAAUAUUCGGGGUAAUUUGCCAACCUAUCAAAAUUUCUGCAAGAUACUUAAUGCGGUCAUUGGAGUUUUGGGGCCUGAACUGUCAAGUUGCGGUCAAGCCAAGAUUUUGUUACAAUUGUUGAAUGAAGAGUUAAACGAAGAAACAGAUGAUGGCAUCAAGGUUGAGGCCUUGAAGUCGAUUCAACACUUUGUGAUGUUCUCUAUCGAGUCAAUCAACUUAACACAGCUGAUUCAAACUCUGCGCAAACACUUACAGACAGCUGAUUCCAAUCCAACGGCCUGGAUUGAUCUAUGUAUGAGAAUCGUAUCAAGAAGUACUACCGCCCAAGUGAAAGCUGUUGAGGAGGAAGGUGCGGUGGGUGCAUUUAUAGAUGAAGAGUCUCAAGGAUUAGAUUUAGAAGACAAUGGGGGUCCUGGCGCUAACAAAGCUCGCACGAACUCACGUUGGAGAACACAAUUGUUUGCUUUGCAAUGCCUUCAUGAAGUCUUCUUGACUUUGAUUCGAAGUAAGAAAACUGAACACUUCAGUGCACAAAUAGCUAGAUCCAAAGGAUUGAGCAACUUUCGAUCUCUCAUGAUCAGCCGAGUAUCUGAUCUGAUCAAGAUGGCUUUCACAGCGAGUACAGCGAGCAUCAUGGAGAUCCGAUUGGAAGGACUAAAUGUCCUGAGAGACGUGAUCGAAAACUUCAAAUACUCAUCCGAUCUAGACUUCGAUGAAGCACCUUUACUUGAACAACAUCAAGCUCCAAUCGCUGCCGCGCUGACUCCCGCCUUUUCACAUGACUCCUUUCCUGAAGUCUUGGCCUCAGCAAUUCAAGUUUGCGCGGUAUUUGUUGGAUCUGGAGUUGUGAAAGAGAUAGACAAGAUGGGUAGAAUGCUAAAGCUACUGACAUCUGCUCUAGAAAGCUGUCGAGACACUGAAAUCAUUUCACUGGGCGAGAUGAAGGAACUCAGCUCUACGGCGUCGGUAAUGAUCAAGACAGCUGUCUAUGCGGCUUGGGCUGAAUUCCAAGUGACCUCGGUUAAACAAAACUAUCUAUGUGAUGUUAUCAAGCCACAUCUGGCAUUACUUUGCCCGCUUUGGGUGGCAUCCUUGCGAGAAUAUGCUCGCUUGAAAUCAGAUGAAGAAGCCUCGUCUACCGGUAGUAGUCAUUCUAAUCCUUUCGAUGCGAUGCAGGGAGGGUUUACUCGUGAAAUAUGGCUACCAUAUUAUGAAAGUGCUUGGCUCAAGAUGAUGAGAGCGACCGCUUAUCUAAUCAAAGCUAAAGAGCCAUUCAUCCUUCGGGCCCUUGAUGGAGCAGAUAUAUCCGACACAGAAAAAGCAACUACUGAACCGACCACAAACUCGCUAGAAUCACGUGACGAGCCUGCGAUGUACUUCCACGUUCUGCUUGGCUUAGUUUACGAAGCUGCAGCCCUGACCGCAUCGGCUGGCACAGAUGACCCGGCGUCAUCUGCGGCACAGGUGAUGGAAACAUCGCUCAUAGCAUUGGAGGCAUUGCUACAGAGCGAAGUCGCCGGUAUCCAUGGCCUUCAAAAAGACAGCGCGGUGUUCGGCGAGAUAUGCAAUUUGUGUUAUCGAUUGGCUGCCACGGAGACUGCUCGGACACAGGUGCUAGUAGUUCGAUGCAUCCUACAGCUUGGACUCGGCUGUUUGGGACCUUCAAACAAGGCAAAUGAACCUGAUACUGCGUACGUUAUCGCAUCUUCCCCUUUGGCUCAAAGCCCUCGUGACUUACUUCAGCAGGCCGCUGCAUGUUUGAAUGCCAUACCUUCCAUGUCUUCUAUGGCUGCCUCCAGAGCCCGGAAAGCUCCUGCCCAUCAUGCUGCCCUGGUCAUCUCCGCUUUCAGUGCUUGCGCAGAUCUAGCUGAUCGCAGUCAACCAGAAAGUCGAGAUCGCAUUUAUGGUGUGGCUCUCGGUCUCUUCAGUGGGCCUGUCCUACCCGCAUUGAAAACUCUUGUUGAGCGGGGAUUUGCUUCAAAGCGGGAUGGCCCAGAAUCUGAAAUUCUAUCAAGUGUGCUUCAUGGCUUACUUUCACAAGCACUUCAAGCGGUCGAGGAUACGAGGCAAGAGACAACCUCGCAGACCAGUUCUCGAAACAAUUUGUUGGCUUGCGUGUUGAUUUUCACCAGCUUACCUUCUGGUGUGAAAGUCUCAAGAACAGCGUUAGAGCAUUGUUGUUCGUUGAUCACGGCCAACAUAAUGUCAGAUGAACAGGAGACUGCUACCACGGCACUUCAUUGCGCCAAAUCCUUAAUACUGACUAAGAGUCGAGUCUCAGGCGUUCUUCAAGUUUCACUCACCCAACUGUUACCAGCAUUGAUUGAUUUCCUGGCCAAACUUGCCGGUCAAAGUGAGAUCAAGCCUGCACAUCUGGGUAUGAUCUCCGAGGUAUUGAAGACGUUCAGUGGUAUCUUGUCAUUUGUGCAGGUAGAGCAGAGGCCACAAACGAUGUCAAUCUUUUUGCCGGUUUACUUGAUGCUUCUUUCAGAAUCGAGCUUGAGCAUUCGACCGAUCGCAGUACAACACAUUCUAUCGCUUGCUUCUUUAGAUGCAAUAGCAUUUAAAGAAGCUACUAAUGCUUUAGAAGCCGAUCAAAGGACUUGUUUAGAGAACGCAUUAAGAGGAUCGAUCCAAUCUACUUUGAAGUCAACAUCUACUAAUCCAGCAAGUAUUUCUCCUAGUAUAGCAUUAAAGAGUUUCGGAUAAUUGUUUGUUCUUUUUUUACGUGGCAUUGGUUUAAAUCUUGAGUAGUUAAGUUUUAUGAAGCGUUCUUUGUAGUCAGUGGAUUGCGUUCGAAUGGUGUUUUCAUUUUCCUCCGAGACUGUUAAGAUGUGUUUUGUCAAAUAAUUAUUAGCUUAUAGAUGGUUUUUUGUUAUAAGCCAAAGAAACUGAGUUGAUUGACCUUGUUCUCAAAGCAUAUGAAAUGUACGAUAAUGAUAUAUGAACUUAAUUCGUUGCAUAAAAUUUGAUUGAAAGACAAAAUUAAAUUUGUACGAGAAGCUGCUUUAGGCCUCCUCCCUUGCUUUUGCUCAAGACAUAUGCUCAACUCGAAAUAAGACAACUCAAAUGUCAAUUAUCAAACUCAUAUCAGAGCAAACCAAAGAAAAAGAUGUAAGUCGCUUCACAACAAUUAUACCAAAGAGAAACACAAAACAAAAAGUAAGCUAUUCACAAAAAAAGUCUGUAUAAGCAGAAGAGACUGCCUUCUUGAAUGUUCGCAACUGCACAAAUCGAAGAAAAAUGUAAAGAGCGACAAAGAAGAAUACAUGUAUGAUGGUAUGAAGAAUCGACAACCAAGCUAUCAGACAACAUGCUUAGACUAUGAUAAUUGGAAACCAAAAGCUUCUUAAAGAUCUAUCAACGAACUGGCUUCAUGAUUGCGGCAAAGCUAUCGAGAAGAUAGUGCUGAUUCGAGCUACUUGUGUACCUUCGUACAACUCGAGCUUGUUGUGGAACCGAGCGGAUGUGAUGAGCUGCGAGCGCACGACGACCGAUAGGUACUGCCAAAUUCUUUUUACCAUCUGGAGUAGUCUUGCAAGAGUCACCAAGAAGACAAGCCUGUUGAGUGUUACCCGGGUGUUCGAGCGCUCCGUUGGAGGCAUCGAACAAGCAAUCCACAAAUGCUUCGUAACAAGUGACGUAUUCAGGUCCCACAUUAGUCUUCUCAAAAGUCUCAUGAAGAGCUUGAACCUUGGAAGCGUAAUUUGGAUCUUUAGGGUCUAGGUUUUGUACACCGCUAGAUUCAAUUUUGGCUGCUAAUGAGGCUGGCAAGACUCCGUACAU